UUUUUGUAUUUGCCAGACGUUAAAUUGUGUCGAUAACGAAUAAUGGUGGUUAUCAAGCCGGCCGGCCAGCAUCGCCUACUUUUUUAAAUGUUUAGCCGUUUAGUGAAAUAGUCGACGUUUAUUAAUUGUUUCGCAAUUCUAUUAUAUUAACGAGUUGUAUCUAAUUUGACGCAUCGACAGCAGUGCUGCAAAUUGGUGGAAUUGAUGCGUGACUGCAUAAAUGUAUUGUGCCUUUGUGCGAUAAAACGGAUGCCACACGCAAUCCGAAUUUUAAACUGCCCAUUUCCGAACAACUUGGUUGCGUCAUUCGUCUAGUUUAUUCUGAGCGCCAGUAACUAUAGGGACGUCGGUCACUUGAAAUAGGUCGGAAUGGAUUUAUCCAGUUUCUUAUUUUUGGUGUAGAGUGGAAAAAAGUUCUUAGUAACCGAUCAACAACGAAAGCUGCGGUAGUCCUUUGCUCUUUCUCCGUCACAAAAUGACAUUGAAAAUGAAGUUGUAUCAGUUUUUAUUUUUAUUUCGUGUGAUCGGCAUUUGUUAUUCACUUCCGCAAACUCUACGCCAACUGCCUCAGCCUUCUGAAGAUAUUUUUAACGAGCAUCCGUUGUCAGAGAUGACGAAAAUAAAUAAUCAACUCGUGGGGCUGACGACGAGUGAACACCAGAAGUUGAUUCAUUCACCAACAGAGAGAAACGAAAAUGGGCAGGAUGUCAGUGCAGUUUCUUCUUAUUCACCUGAUGCGUUUCAUCCGACAGUUCCAACCGAACGUCCUCACAUUCCCAUUGCCGAACCCAAUUUCCCAAGAGUGGCCGUUCCGUUUGCUAUUGGCAUGUGGGUCCUUGGCAUCUGCAUAGUCAAGACAGUUGUGAACGGUUGGCCGAAACUGUUAGCCUGGUUCCCCGAAACCUGUUGCUUGAUCGUCGUCGGGUUCGCCGUCGGAGGCGUUUUGUACGCCACCAAAACGGCCGUAUUGUCCCCACUGUCAUCGACCAUCUUCUUCUUCUGUAUGCUGCCGCCCAUCAUUUUGGAUGCCGGUUAUUUUAUGCCCAAUCGACUCUUUUUCGACAAUUUCGGCACAAUUCUCCUCUUUGCCGUGGUGGGGACAAUAUUCAACGCCAUUUGUAUAGGUGUUAGUCUGUGGGUCUGCGGUUUGUCCGGUCUGUACGAUUUCGAGAUUUCUUUGCUGGAAACGCUCCUUUUCUCAUCUCUCAUAUCCGCCGUCGACCCAGUGACUGUACUGGCAGUUCUCGAAGAAAUUCACGUUGAUAAAGUUCUCUACAUUAUUGUCUUUGGAGAAUCAUUGAUGAAUGAUGCUGUCUCUGUGGUUCUGUAUAACAUUUGUGACUCUUACGUCACUCUUGGCGCCGACAAAAUCCAAACGGCAGACGUUUUGACCGGAUUCGCCGAAUUUAUUGUUUUGGCUGUUGGCGGAACGAUAAUCGGCAUCGUUUGGGGAUUCCUGGCCGGUUUCGUCACCAAAUUUACCCACCGUGUUCCAGUCAUCGAGCCCGUCUUUGUGUUCAUUAUGAGCUAUGCAGCUCUAAUUAAUGCUGAAGCCUUUCAGUUGUCAAGCAUUCUUUCAGUCAUGUUUUGUGGAAUCACUAUGAAGAACUACGUGGCAGAGAAUGUGUCGCCCGCUUCCCUGACGACCAUCAACAAGGGACUGAAGGCGAUGAGCAAUUGUUCUGAAUCGAUCAUAUUCAUGUUCCUAGGCAUCACUACCGUCAACGACCAUCACGAGUGGAACACGGCCUUCAUUCUCCUCACCGUAUUUUUCUGCACGUUCUACAGAGCAAUUGGCGUUUUUCUUCUGUCGGAAAUCGCCAACUAUUUCCGCCUUCACAAACUGAAUUUCGUCGAAAAGUUGGUCAUGUCUUACAGCGGAUUACGCGGAGCCAUCGCCUUCGCUUUGGUCCUCCUCAUCGAUCCCAGUCGCAUCCCCCGUCAGCCGCUUUUUGUAACCGCAACCAUCACUGUCGUCUUCUUCACCAUUUUCUUCCAGGGCAUCACCAUCCGACCGCUUGUGAGAUUCCUCAAGGUGAAACAAGAAGAACACCAGGAGAAAACGAUGAACGAACGUCUUCAUGAAAGGAUGCUUGACUAUACGAUGGCGGGAGUCUCAGAUGUGUUGGGUCAAUGCAAUAGUAUCAAAAUUCGUAACAAGUUCAAGCAGUGGGAUUACGCUUACAUCCGCCCUUGUCUGAUCCGUGGAAAGAGACACCGUGAACCUAAAAUCACGGAGACCUACUGGGCAUUGACAAUUCUCGAGGCAACAGAAUUAACCGUACGCAAUCAUACGAACACGACGCAGUCUGGUUCCGAUUCCUUGGCUAAUUCCAACCGUUCGUGCAGCAGCAGCACCCUUGUAGCGAGAAAAUUGUCGCCGCAGUCAAUGGAGGGUGCAGCUCGCAAUUUGAACACAUCGAAGCGCGAACCAUCGGCAAAAAUUCGGGAUCCUGCUGAGGUGUGCCAUCAUCACGUUGCCUGCAAACUUUAUCGUUGCAAGAGCGUUGGGCAUUCAAGAUGUUCUCGUCACGUCGUCAGUCGUGACUGCGAUCUCAAUCCGAAAGGAAAAACGAAUCGUGGUUACGACGACGUAGAAGACCAAGUUUUAUUUCGUUCCGCAGACUCCAAUCCACAUGGAGUAGAACAACAAAGCACUUCAACGGUGUCAGCCUCUGCAUCGUGCGAACCGAACGCUAAUUCACGCAUCUCUGCUCAAUUUUUAAAAUAAUAACCAAAUUUUUUAUCACGGAAAUAUUUUGUAUACAUCCUAAUUAAAAGACUAGAAGAUUA